GUUCGUUGCCAGGAAAGAAAAUAUGGCUGGUCGUUCGGAAGGUGAAUUUUGUGAAGAGAGUUUCGUAGUGUUUUGGCGAMGAAAAUUGAGGUCUCUUUAAUUCUUUUCUUGAUAUUUUCCCCACUCUUUGAAGGGGGAGUGUUUGAAGAGCUCCAAUGUGCGAAUCGGGCAUAGAUCUUGGUUUCGAUCUCUUAGAAGAAGGAUUCCAAGUCGACAACUUCAGCAGUUCUUAUUACGAGCUCAAAUCUCAUCCACUAGAGAGUGUUCAGGAAGGUUCUGUGUUGGGUCUGCUGUUAAGUACUGGAAGUGUAGCACAGACUACCUAUACACCUACACCAACCAUGGCAUCUCCAAUGACAAGAACAGUAUUUAAACAACAGCUACAAAAACAACACCUCGAGCAACUUGAACAACAGGAAAAGAAAUUGAAUCAAGCAGUAGCACAAACAAGUCAAGAAUCUCAGAGCAUAUCUAUACCGUCUAGCAUGGGUGUUAGUUCUGCUCCCUCUUCAAGCUUGCCACAUGAAGUACCCACAAGUGUAUUACAGGUCAAAACAAAGCUAGAAAACCCUACUCGUUAUUAUGUAAACCAACAACGAGAGAGACAAGUAAAACAAUAUUUGGAAACACAUGGAACUCUUUCGUUACCAAACCACCUUUUGGAAAAUACAACAACGAACAAUAUCUCAAAUAGCCAACCAACCUUAAAUGCUAUAAACCAACAAGCUAUCGCAAGCUUGGGAGCAAAAAGAAUGAAGCCUCCACCGAGUCCUAUGUCUGUGACGAGUCCUGACGGUAUGGGCAACUCUGAGGUACAUGUUGACAGCCUACUGGAUGACAUAAUAAGUUUGGAAUCCAAUCAAGGUGACGAUGUCUUAGCAUGGCAAGAUCCAUCACAGAUUCCAACAGCAAGCAGUAUGUACGACUUAUAUGGAGGUUUAGGAUUGACACCCAUGGUCAAUAACACUGGAGCACCAUCGUCAUGUCCACCUGCCAUUCUUCAAAAUGAAAUAGAAGUUAUUGAUCCACAUGCAUAUGCAAGAGACAGACAAAAGAAAGACAACCACAAUAUGAUUGAGCGAAGACGGCGGUUUAAUAUUAAUGAUCGCAUCAAAGAGCUUGGAACAAUGCUGCCGAAGCAGGACUCAGAUAUGCGGCAAAACAAGGGAACCAUCCUCAAGUCUUCAGUUGACUACAUAAGAAAUUUAAAACGAGACUUAGAUAAAAUGAAGCGAGUAGACCAGGAAAAGAGACAAUUAGAAAUGAUCAACAGAAAGCUGCUUCUACGAGUCCAGGAACUGGAAAUGCAUGCUCGAGCGCAUGGCAUACCAACUACUCCACUAACAGCAGACACGAGUACUGCUUUACUGUCCACAGUGCUUGCAGUAAAAUCAGAACCGGAAUCUCAGCUAAGCUGUGACUUCAGUAUAAAACAAGAACCAUUAGAUCCAAAUGAGUCAGCAGAAGCGAUGGAGGCCUACUCUUUGGCAUCAUCCAGGAACCCAAGUCCAGGAAGCGUAGAUAUGGAUGAUGAUGACUUAUAGUGCGACUAGGAAGGGCAAGUCAACUUACUUGAUAAAAAGCUAAGGCUUUGGUCAAGUCCUGCUUGCUCAGGACGGUCCUGACCAAGCAACUGAAAGAUGUCACUACUCACAGCAAAAAGAUUGUGAAUGAAAUCUUUAUGCUUCAAGAGAAAUGUGAUUGCAAACCGACUGUACAAAGUGCUGCUAUUAAAAGCGCUUUCCAAUGA